AAAGAACCUGUCUGCACUGUCCCAAAGGCAAACAAAUUUGCUAGUCUGGAUUAAAGUCCGAUGGGGAUCACACACAGGCAGAGACUGCCUAGCCUGGAAGAAGUUAGCAGCAACCCGUCUGACAAAAAAGACCCAGAUUCAGUGCAUCAUCCUCAGGCAGAGGAAGUGAUAUCAUGGAUCUUCUUCACAGUUGGGGGGUUGAGCUGGCGGUCCAUCUGCAGACCACAUACAGCAAGUAUGAGGGCUUGUUUAGCCUGGCGUCCACAGUGGCUGACCUGCACACCACGUUCUUCUGCUUCUUCCCGAUCUGGUUCCACUUGAGGAGGGACACGGGGCUCAGGCUCAUCUGGGUGGCCGUCCUCGGAGACUGGCUCAACUUGGUCCUGAAAUGGGUUCUGUUUGGGGAGAGACCGUACUGGUGGGUUCAUGAGACCCGGUUUUAUGGAACCGGACCGGCCCCUUCUCUGCAGCAGUUUCCCAUCACGUGUGAGACUGGACCAGGAAGCCCUUCGGGUCAUGCUAUGGGUGCAGCUGGGGUCUGGUAUGUGAUGGUUACUGCGCUACUCACUAUUGCAACAGAGAAGCGAUGCCCCCCUUUACUAUACAAAUUCCUGCAGGCAGGCCUGUGGAUAAUAAUGGGCCUGGUAGAGCUGGUGGUCUGCAUGUCCAGGGUCUACAUGGCUGCCCACUUCCCACACCAGGUCGUUGCUGGAGUCAUUACGGGUGUACUUGUCGCUGAGGUUGUCUCAAAGGAGAAAUGGAUCUACAGCGCCAGCAUGAAGAAAUACUUCUACAUGACUCUCUUCUUGACCUCCUUUGCUGUUGGCUUCUACGUCAUCCUCAAAGCUCUGGGUGUGGACCUGCUCUGGACCCUGGAGAAAGCCCAGAAGUGGUGCGUGAGGGCAGAGUGGGUCCACCUGGACAGCACGCCCUUCGCCAGCCUCCUGCGGAACAUGGGCACCCUGUUCGGCCUGGGCCUGGGCCUGCACUCGCCCCUCUACACUGACACCAAGAAUAGAAGCACCAGUUUCAAGAUGGGAUGUAUUAUUGUCUCCUUGUUUCUGCUUCAGCUCUUGGAUGUAUGGACAUUUUCCUCUGAAAAUCUCAUGACUUACUAUUUUUUGUCUUUUGGUAAAAGUGUAGUUGCACUUUUAAUCCCAACCACUCUGGUUCCAUGGGCUCUCUGCUGGAUUUGCAAGGGAAAGAGAGAAGACAAGAAUUUGUGAUUCAAGACGUAGUUUAAAUCAAUUCUUAGUUUAAUUCUUUUAUAUUUGCCACAACUUAUAUUUCACUUUUUUGUUGAUAAUUAGAUGAUAAGAUUGAUAUCACUCUGGUGUCUGUAUACUUAUAAUACAAUAUAUACUUAAUCAUAAAUAUGAAGCUACUGCAAGCAGAUUAGCUUAGCUUAAUGAUAAAACAGCUAGCCUUGCUCAGUCCUAAUGUAACAAAAUCAGUCCAAUUAAAUUAAUUACUUAAAAUGUUAUGUCUUAUUUGUUUAUGCUGUACCAAAAAACUGUAACAAUCUAUGUAUUUUUUGUAGUUUUACUGAUGGUUUUGCGCCAGGCUAGGAGUACUGACUGAGUCUCUGCUGGCUGUCUAGCAAUCUCAUGGUAAAACCACAAAACUGUCCUUUUUUUACCAUCUUGUGAAGGGCUUGUUGCACAGGUGGAAUCUGGUCUCCGAAAAAUAUAAAAUGCAGCUCUCCUUCAAAAACAAUCCAAGGAAAAUUAUCGGGUUGUUGCGAAAUUAAAAUGCUUUCAAUUUACAUGGCAAUGUGUCCAUGCAGUUGCUAGUAGCCAAGGAGGACAAGAGGAGUUAAUAAAACAACACAAUGAACUGUUGAGGAGGUAAUUAUCUUCACUUAAUUUUCUGUGCGCAAAAGUCACCGGGUGACACCAUUUUCUGAACAUAGCCAUACUGAGAAUACAGAGAGUUUUGUGGAGCUGAAAGUCUUAAUUAGCU